AUGGACUUCGCACCCUACCAGUCCUCUCCUCCGGAGCAUGCCCGAUCGCCGAUAGAUUCGCCUCGCACAUCUCUGGAGCGCAGGCCAUGGUCGCCAGCGCGCGGCGGUAACUACUACAACAACACCGCCGCCGCCGCCGCAAGCACGACCUCACCACCGCCUCUGCAACACCCGCAACCGCAGCGGCAGUGGUCGGGCGGCAUCCCGAGCCCGAGCUACUACCAACAGCAGGGUCUGGGCUCCGGCGCCGGAGGGGAUGGCUACUUUGCCGGGCGGGGCGGCGGUCCCUGGGGCGACAGGGACGGCACGCUCAGCGAGUUCGACACGAGCCUCGGCAUCAGGCUCGACUACGAGGCCUGCCUCGCGUACCUGUUCUUCCCGCCGUUGGGGGCGAUAGUGCUGCUUAUAAUGGAGCGGAAGAGCGAUUAUGUCAGGUUCCAUGCAUGGCAGUCAAGCUUGCUUUUCACCGCCAUCUUCGUCAUUCACUUGAUCUUCUCUUGGUCAAGGUUCCUCAGCUGGCUCUUCUUCAUUGGAGAUCUUGUUCUGAUAGGAUUCCUGACUUUGAAGGCAUAUCGCGAUGCAGACACCCUCGACAGGUACGAGGUUCCAAUAGUUGGUCCGCUGGCAAGCAGGAUUUUGGACGACGAGUAAUUACGCUACUAGGCUGCCGUGUGCAAAUACGAGUUAGACCCAGUCUAGCCUUGCAUACGGCUUGUUUGUUCAGCUUCUUUGGGCUGUUACAUCAGCCGAAUCACGGAUGAUUGUAGAAUGUUGUGUAUACUUGACAUGCUUUGUGUUCGACAUAUAUAAGUCUUUGAUGUACGUUUCUCUGUUGUUAUUUUUUCUUCUUCUUUAACGUCUUUAAUGAGGUCAACAAGAUUGCUGUUUCCUGAGUCGAAUAUAGGCUCGGUGGAUUAUGCGAUGUCUACAAUACUUGCGAUGAAUGUAUGGAAGGUCAUUUUGAUGGUGUAGGGUACAUGUUGAGAGUUGACGGCAUGUCGCCUUAUGCCCUGGAGAACAAA